AUGGCCGAAGCUCUGCAGAUUGUGUCUGUGUCUGACAGCGAAGACAAGCCUAAGCGACCCAGGAAAUCCUACAACCCCUUGGACAGCGCGCAGUACUCUUUUGACACAGAGGUCCGAUUUCAGAGCAGCAGCGCGCAGAGACUGAAGAGGACUUCUUUCUACGAGCCUGUCGAUGGUGGAUGGACAAGCAAGAGCAGCAGCUGGGAAAAUUGUCGUCACCGUAUACCACGAAGUCAGAUCGCAGGGCCACUUGUAUUUGUGUUGAGGGCAGCAACUGUUACUCGAGGAAAGGAAAGAGCUUCCAGCUCAGAGGCACUGUGGCUUGGUCCGGUCGGCAUGUUGCUGUGCAUCUCGACAUAUCCGUUGCUGGCAGCUGCAGCGGCACCCCUCGGAAGCUCCGAAACUGGCUGGUGCAAGAUGAAUGCCCGAUCCAUCCGCUACUUCGUCUGGUCCAAGAACAAGCAGCUUCUGCUGAAGGAUGGACAGGCCAAACCUUCACGGAAGCAGCAGCCGCCAACUGUUUCGAAGGCAGACUGGGAUGCUUUCAUCGAGGGCCACAAGGAUCCUGCUGGUUUGCUGCUCUUUACAACGGCGACGCCAGGUGGCUCGUACAUUUGCCUGUUCCCACCGGUGUUGGAUGAGCUGCAGCUGCUCCACCAGCAGGGGUACUUGACAAAGGUCCUGCUUGCCAGCGACGCAACAUUCAAUUUGGAACGGGACGAGUGGACUUACACAGCCGUGACGACUGUGUACCGCUGUCUGGAUCAUCGCUGGAGGAAGAGCGGCUUCUUCUUGGGAAUGGCCCGCCACAACCGGGAGCUUGGGGCCGUUCACCAGCGGGCUUUGCAUGCGGUGCACGCCGCGCUACAAGAGCGAAACCUUCCUACUGCUUGUCAGCUCCAUACAGAUUGGUUUCCGGGAAUGAAAGAAGCUGGACGGGCAGUGGCAGCGUCCAUGAAAUACAUUCCCGGGAUCGAACAUUUGCUCCAUAACGUCUCCAAGAGUCGGAAUCGGGCAGAGGGGGGUGAGAUGCUGAGAGUGCCACGCCUGAAGGCCAGACCCCUGCAUGUCAUGGCAUCCACCGUGCACACUUUGGCUUUGCUUCCUACGCUUUCCCUGCACAUCAUCGCCUUGAGAGUCUGGCUGGCGAGAGUGGCCGAUGCUGACGGCUGGAAUGCGGAGUGUCUGGCCACAAGGUGGUGGUAUGGCCACAUGUCCACCGUCAUUCCAGGACAUCCUCCUUCGCAACAGCAAGCCGAGCAAAGUCACAGGGCACUGAAGCGGGCCAUCUCCAACAGCCCGACCAGGACUGCCAUUGAUGUGUUGAAGACUGCGAAGGAAGCAGCGGGUCUCUGGAGGGAAAGAACGGCGCUGGAGAGCAGUUACAACCUCUUCACCCCAGCAGGCUACACCGGUACGGUUCCCCUGAACCCAGAUGCUUGGAUGACGAGCCCUGGCAAUGUGCUCUAUCGCAAUCGUCUCCCCGCCUUGGGAACCAUGGCCAUGCCGACCAUCCAUCGCAUCUUGGAGGACGCUCGGCGCCGUCCAGGCACCAUUGUGGAAAAAUCUCGAUCUCGAGGCAGCGGCCGGUGCUUCUUCAUGAAAUGCGGCGUUCCCGAGGAGCUGGACGUCGCCAGAAUAGAGUACCUUUGGCGACAACUUCAGGAGAAAAACCUUGACCGUUUGCAGAGGUUACUCGAGGAGGGUGGGGCUCUGGUUGACCAGAAGAUGCUGUUCAAGAAGCUCCGCGAGGACUGGAUCGACUUGUGCUUCGUGGCGCACGUACAGCAUGGGGCAGGCAAGGUCCGCGUUCAACACUAA